GAGCCUGCCCGGCGGUGCCGGCGCUGGGCUCCGCGGCCGCAGCCUCGUCUUCUCUCGGCUCCUCCACCUGCCGGGGCUCGGGCCUGAGCCCGGGCCCCCGGAGCAUGGGUCUCCGGAGUGCUCAGGACGACGCCUCCACGUCCAGCGGCUGGACCCGAGACGCGCAGAAAGCAGACUUUAAUGCCAAAAGAAAGAAGAAAGUAGCAGAUAUAAACCAGGCUCUGAACAGUGAUCCCACAGAUGUGGCUGCCCUUAGGCGCAUGGCUAUCAGUGAGGGCGGGCUCCUGACUGAUGAGAUCAGGCAAAAAGUAUGGCCCAAGCUCCUCAAUGUCAACACCAAUGACCCACCUCUUAUAUCAGGAAAGAAUCUACGACAGAUGAGCAAGGACUACCAACAAGUGCUACUGGACGUCAGGCGGUCUUUACGGCGGUUCCCUCCUGGCAUGCCAGAUGAAGAGAGAGAAGGACUCCAGGAAGAACUGAUUGAUAUCAUCCUCCUCAUCUUGGAGCGCAACCCUCAGCUGCACUACUACCAGGGUUACCAUGACAUCGUGGUGACAUUUCUACUGGUAGUAGGCGAGAGACUGGCAACAUCCCUGGUAGAAAAAUUAUCUACCCACCAUCUAAGGGAUUUCAUGGACCCAACAAUGGACAACACCAGGCAUAUAUUAAACUAUAUGAUGCCCAUCAUUGACCAGGUGAAUCCAGAACUCCAUGACUUCAUGCAGAGUGCUGAAGUGGGGACCAUCUUUGCCCUCAGCUGGCUCAUCACCUGGUUUGGGCACGUCCUGUCUGACUUCAGGCAUGUAGUGCGGUUAUACGACUUCUUCCUGGCCUGCCACCCGCUGAUGCCCAUUUACUUUGCAGCUGUGAUCGUGUUGUAUCGAGAGCAGGAAGUCCUGGAUUGUGACUGUGACAUGGCCUCGGUCCACCACCUGUUAUCCCAGAUUCCUCAGGACCUGCCCUAUGAGACGCUGAUCAGUAGAGCAGGAGACCUCUUUGUUCAGUUUCCCCCAUCUGAACUUGCCCGGGAGGCAGCUGCCCAACAGGAAGCCAAGAAAACAGCUGCUUCUACCUUCAAAGACUUUGAGCUGGCAUCAGCCCAGCAGAGGCCUGACAUGGUGCUGCGGCAGCGGUUUCAGGGACUUCUGCGACCUGAGGAUCGAACAAAAGAUGUCCUGACUAAACCAAGGACCAACCGUUUCGUGAAGCUGGCAGUGAUGGGGCUGACGGUGGCGCUGGGAGCAGCUGCUCUGGCUGUGGUGAAAAGUGCUCUGGAGUGGGCCCCGAAGUUCCAACUACAGCUGUUUCCCUAAAUGCCAGAAAAGACACUUCCUCUUACAUUGCAUUAAGGUCUCACCCUUCCAUGCAAGGAUUGGGAGGGGGUAGAAUUUCCUUUAUUAAAAGGGUUUCUGUCAAGGGUUUUCUAUUCCUACCACCCUUCCCUGUCGGGCUAUGGUUUGCCUUUGCUUCAGAGGCCAAUAGCAGAGCCUGCCUGACAGUAGGCACUUGGGGGUGUGUGGGCAUAUAACUUCUUCCUCCCUGACAGUGGGCUCUCCCCUAUCUCCUCUUGUGUUGGAGGAAUAGCUUCCAGAAGCCUUUGGUACCCAUUGGGCCGGGUAACUGGGGAACUUCUUAACUGCCCAGCAGUUAGUAAGCUGGACCGUGAGUGCCCUCCUCUCAGCUCCUCGCGUUCUGUCUGCUUCAGCUGGACAGAGAAGGGAAGAGCCGCUGCUAAAGAAGUCAGACCUUGAAAAGAAAGCAAGAGGGCCAAGGAUGUUAGCCUGGGAACAAGAUUAGCCUCACUUUAGAGCAGCUGUAUUCCUGGUCAGAAAUCAAAGCAACAGAUGUAAACUAGGUUACUAGGUAAAUCCUACGUAUGUUCAGCCUAGAAGUCACUGGGCGUUUCCAGUGAAGCAGGAAGGAGUAUUAGUUUUUAGGGCCCAGACAUAGACUAGUUUUGCCUGCUUAUUUAUUUUUGUUCCCUAUUCUUUUCUGCAAACCAUACAGUGUUGCUUAUAAAAGACAUUUUUAUUGCUAGUUUUUAGAAUAACAUAUACCCAACAUAUAAAUAGUAAAUAAUAGUUCCUUCUUGAAAAAAUGAUAGUUCUCACAGAAGGAUGAGCUUCUAAGAUUCCAAAGUUUUCUUUCUAUUGAAUUAUUUCACGUCUCACAGGACCCAGAGUUGCUAUCCGUAAACUCCACUCCCCAGGCACCCCUUGUCGUCCAGCUUUCCUUCCUCACUGUUUUCUUCACAUCAUCCCUCUACUCCUAUGCAGGUACCCAUUCACUCUUUCUCAGCUUUGUUUUUCUUGGGCUUGAUUGAUUUCUUUAUGGCUAGUCUCUCCUUCCUAGUUGGAAAUGUCAUGGGAACUUGUCCGAAUGGGACAGACUGCCGCCUGCAGAGCAUGGUAGACGCCUGGAACAGCCAGCCCCGCUGUCCCACGCUUCCCGGGGACGCUGCAGGCUUCGGGGAACAAGACAGAUCAUUCAGUCCUUCUGGGACUUUUCUUGUAAGCAAAGCCAGGUUUGCUUUAGAUUAAAUCUGGCUUGAAAAAAGUGCCUUUUGCUGCUUUAAAGAAUUGGGGCGUAUAGUAUGAAGCAGCCAUGUACUUUUAUUUUCCUGGUCUCUCUCGGGCACUGUUCUCUCUUGGUAGAUAAGUUUUCUUAAGGUGAACAUGCCAGAAGCACUCCACCCAUCAUACCCAAACCUCCACAGCCUUUCCACGUGCCCACCAUAUGCAGAGUGUAGUUAGCGUGCCAGGCAGCUGGUUAGCCCGGAGCAGUUAGAGGUAUCUAUGCCAAGUUACAUUAAGCACUUUAAAACCAAAAAUAGCUCCAAAUAAUGGGUCAUUCUCCACAGCAGGAGUGCCACCUGGGGUGGUUAUGAUGUGGAUGGAUUCAUCUAGAAAAUGGUAGAUUCAUUAAGACAAAGGAAAUUCUCCCAGGAUUCACAGGUGAUGUUAUGACAGGUAUUCCCAUUCUUCUCCCACAGCACGGGCGUCCUCUUGUCAUCUGUACACAUGGACAAUCGCUCUGGCCCCGCCUGCCACGGGCGCUCGGCCUGUCUGUAAACACUGAAGGAACUGAUGGGAAAGAGGAAAGGAGGUGUGUGUGAUAGGGCCCCAGAGCCACAGCUGUUUAGAUCCCAUGAAGGAAGUAGCAUUUGCUUCUGUUGUGGCCUAAGGAGAAAGUUCAUUUUGUUUUACAGCUUUGCUGACAUCAGAAUUCUCCUCUGCCAGUGAGAAAAGAAGCAUUCUCUUUUACCUUCAGGUGGUUUACUAUUCUGUAAAGAAUAUGUGUAAAUAUUUUGUACAGAGCCCUGUAUGAAAUAAACAGCCAUAUGUGGUUACUAAUCUCUUCUGUCCUUGUCCUCCCCUUGCUGGGUGUGAACUCUGCUCUUUAGACAUCUGGCCUAGCUGCUUCCCCGCCUGUCCACCCCGACCCAGGACUGCUGUGGUCUGGGCUCUUGGUUGGCCUUAAUCUGCCUGGAGAGCUUGGGCAAGUCUUGCAGUCCUGUUUCUACUUCAUCUGCGCAAUUUAUGACCUGUGCACUCCUGCUGCUGCCUGAGCGCGCUGGCCAUGGGCACACGAGGUGGUGUGUAUAGUAGUCUGAGUGACCUUGACUUUUUCACACGCCGUUCUGGAAAUGCCUUCCGCUGUGAAGGCUGAAAGGAAGAGUACACCACGGGCUUUGCCAGAUGCAGCCAAGAGGUGGUCUCUGUCCUGUUGCUGUCCUACAUCCCGUCUGUUUUCUGCUGGUGGUUCCUGCUGCCUUUCCCCCCAUCCUCACAGAGGCCCUUUCACUCACUAAGAGUCUUUUCUCCAGAUUUACUUAUGGUUGGAGUUUGCCCAGCCGUCUGUGAGCAGACAAGAUCAUGGGCUCGCCUCCAACUCCCUGCUUUUUAAGCGAGUGGCUUUUGUGCCAGGCCCAAACUCUAGAGGAAAUCACGUGUUAGCUCUGGCAUGGCUGGGGGACCCAUCCUCCACUUCUGCCCUUGCCACCAGCAGCUGCUCUUCAAGCAGGGGCCUUCCGUCACCUUCCCCUGCUCUCCCUGCAUUGGUGACAAGGUUGUGGCACAAAAUAUAUUUGCAACCACCUGCUUCUUCCUUGGGUAGGUGGUUUUGAAUUCCAGGCCCCUUAGCACAAGCUGUGGGGUAAGACCAGCUCUUGUGCACCUGGCAAUCGAAGCUGCUUGCAGACAGUGCAAGUGGCAGUGGGGGAUGGGCAAUUUACUGCCCACCACCGGAGGCCCCACUGGGACUCUGGCUGCAGGCAGAGGCCAACAGUGAUGGUGGGUGACUGGUUCCUUUACCAUGCUGCCCCAGGGCAUGCAGCCCCAGUGGGGCUGCAGAGCUAAGGCUGCCCUCUGGCCAGCACAAGCUGUGGCAUAGAAAGCAACUGCUAGCCCCACCCCCUGGUUCAGGGCUGCAGGGAGGAGGUUGGGGCCCUACUGGGACAGCUCCACCCCUGUGGCUGCACCCAGCUGCGGGCAGUAGAGAGACCAGUGGGACCAAGCACGUGCAAGCUGUGAGCUGAUUGAUGGGGGCCAAUCAGACCUGUGGGUGGGGCACCCUGAAAGAGGUUAUAAGGCAGGUGAGGAGCCAGCUUAGCACUCACUCUGCUCCUGAGAAAGACUUCCUGGCCUCCGAAGAAGCAUCCAGCAGUCGACAAGCAGCAGGCCCUCGUUGAAGGGACGGCGCCAUCCUGAACGGGUGGCGUUUCUGGACACUGCAUACUAUCCGGGUGAGACAGCUGGCCACGUGUGGCCUUAGAAACUGCUUCCCAUUUGUUAACUAAAGCCCGUUGUUGGGCCU